GGCCUUGAAGGCAGCAUAGCCAUGAGUCUUCCGCCUGUCUUGAAAACAUGAACGCUUCUGCUGUAGUCCGGAGGUUAGCGGCUCUGUCCGGGGCUUCUGCCGUGGCAGCUGGGGCGUACGGGUCUCACGGUUUCAAAAACAGUGACCCUGAUGACUACCAGAGAGUGCUCUAUGAAACUGCCAACAAGUACCAUUUCUACCACAGCCUGGCCCUGCUGGGUGCUGCCCACUCUGGUAAACCUGCUGUGGCUGGAGCCCUCCUGAUAGCAGGCAUGGGGAUGUUCUGCGGCUCUCUGUACCACCAGGCCCUCACAGGGGACCCCGGUCUACGCAAGGUGGCCCCCAUGGGGGGCAUGGCUAUGAUCGCUGGCUGGCUGGCCAUCAUUCUCUGAGCUGUAACAGUCCCUCCUCCUCCUCUGAGCCGUAACGUGGCCCUGAACUGUCACACUGAGGAUGGAUGAAGUGGAGAGCCUGUGAGAGUCAUCUGAGAAGUUAAAAGUGCUGAGUCAUGACACCGUGGAGCCGCUCCCUGUCCGGGGUUGUGAGUGUCAGCAGAAGAUAAGGUCACGGCAGGAUUAUCACUUUUGUAGCAUCGCUGUCUGCCUCUGAUGAUUCCCUUUGAUGAUUUAAGUCACAUGUCAGGUUACACUGACUAACAAUAAGUACAGUGAGUCAUAAAGCAUGAACAAUUAGUGACACUAUUAUAGAUACCAAAUGAGUUCAUGGAGGAACACUUAAAGGCUGAUAGAAAUGCUCUAGAUAAGUUUGUGACUGUGAAUAGUUUAAUGCUUCUUCAUUGUUUUAUUUUGACCCUUUUCUACUCUGUUGCAGUAAAUAUAAUUACUCUAUAUUAAAGUCACAGGGAUUGCAAAAUAAGUGGAAAAAAACUGCGUGUGAAAAGUUUGAAAAUAAAUAAAUGCCUUUUUGUAGACA